AUGGGUCUCACUUCAAUCAUUUCCAGUGUCAUCAUAAGACCAAUCAUCGAUAUUCAAGGUCCAGUAAGAUCAUACAUGGUCUCGUGCUCACUCAAGAUUCUCCCAUACUGGGUUAUCACUUACAUAUUCGAUAUGCUCGUUUGGUUCGUCGAAAUCACACUCGUUUGGGUUGUAUUCCUCAUAUUCCAAAUCAAGGUCUUCACACAAAACCCAGAAAUAACAUACUACAUCUUCUUCAUCUGCGGAUUCUCAUUCAUGCUAUACAUCUACUGCUUGAGCUUCUUAUUCAGCAACGCAGAUAACGCAGGAAGAAACAUGUUCAUCAUCAACUUGAUUAUGCUCAUGAUCCCUUUCUUGGCUUCGAUGAUCGGUGAUGGUGACUCAACUAAGCAGCUCAGCUGGUUGUUUGCAUUAUUCCCACCUCUUAUGCUCGAAGGAUAUAUGCAGAAAGUGUUCCUCGAGUCAUUAUAUAACAAAGAUGGAAUCAAGCACUACUUCUCGACAGAUUCUGAUGCAUUCCCAUUUUUCAUCUUCUCAUUCAUCAACAUCCUUAUCUACACUGUUAUCCUUUGGAUCAUCGAAUAUUCACGUAAUGCAAUCAGAAGGAAAUUAGCUAAGAGCAAUUAUGGUGACUAUCAAGACUUCUUUAGAGAGCAAAAAGCUAAACAUCCAGUUACAGAUGAAGCCAAAAGAAUGGAAAAUGAAGUUGCUGGAUCAAAGGAUUAUGCUGUCAGAAUUCAUAAUGUUUCCAAGUUGUUCUUCAACACUGAAGGAAAGCCAAUUCCUGCUGUUAAUGAUGUUUCUCUUGGUAUCAAGAAAGGUUCUCUCUUUGGUUUCUUAGGUGCUAAUGGUGCAGGUAAGACAACAUUAAUGAGUAUGAUCACAUCAAUGUUACCACCAUCUUCUGGCACAAUUGAAGUUGAUGGAGUUGAUAUCACUGAAAACAGCAACACAGAUAUUCUCAGUGUUUGCCCACAAUUCAACACUCAUCUUUGUGAUGAUAUGACAAUCUCAGAGCACUUCCACUUCUAUUCUCUCCUCCACAAGAUGUCUCCUGAGAACGAAAAGAAGAACUCAGAGAGACUCAUUCAGCUUCUCGAUGUUGAAAGCAUCAAGGACACACCAAUCAGAGAACUCAGUGAUGGCGAUCAGAGAAAGCUCGCAAUCGCACUCAGCUUCCUCGGAAGAGCAAGAAUCAUAUUGCUCGAUGAACCAACAGCAACACUCGAUCCUAUAUUAAGACACCAGGUCCACGAGAUGAUUCAGUACUACAGAGGAAAGAAGACAUUCAUGCUCUGCACACACAUCCUCAGUGAAGCAGAAGCGCUCUGUGACGACAUCUCAAUCAUGAUCAAAGGCAACGUCUACACAGUUGGUUCUCCACAGUACUUGUCCGCUAAGUUCGGUACAGAUUACAAGAUCGAUAUGCAGUUGGAAGAUUCCGAUGAAAAGACAGACACAAAGGUCGACUUCUUCUUCAAUACAAGAUUGAAGGAAGCUGAGCUCUCUAUUAAGCGUCCAACAGCAAGAAUUUACAACGUUCCAGCAUCAAAGACAACACUUGGUAACCUCUUUGAAGUAAUGGAAGAAGGUCUCGAAGGAGAUAACGGCUUCAAUUACUUCACAUGCUCAUCAUCAUCGCUUGAGCGUGUCUUUAUGGAAAUUGUUUGUAUGUCAGAAGGUGGUGAAGAACACGAAAUAUAA